AUGACACAAGAAGAACAUGCAAACUCAACACCAUGAAGCUACGGCAGAGACUCAAACUCAGGUCCCAGAGAUAUGAGGCAACAGAGCUGACUACUGGACCAACGUGCCACCCCAGUAACAGGAACCAGGACCCAGGAAAUUGUGUCAAAACACGAUGACCACAGACCGAAAAACAGGAUGCUAAUUGGCUGGCACAUCAGCUGCUCAGCUUUGGCUAGUGAUGACCAUGAACCCAGGUACAAGAUGAUACUAAACAGGACUAAGAAACUUGACAAGAUGCCAGCCAUCCAGAAUCACAGCUGGUGACGAUGCUGGCAGCCCUGACCGAAACCCACUGGCAAGAGCUGAACCUGGCCUCAUGUGCUUUUCUCUGAAACAGUUCUGAGCCCGACACUCAAAGAACAAUGACUGGAAGCAAGCAAUCCACUGCACAACUACCACAGGCUUAGAGCAGGAUCCCGGACCAGGGACCAGGAGAGUGAAAUCACCCAGAGUGACUCCCUGAGGACCAUAGAGCCCAUGGCGUUCCACAAUCUUUUUAACCUCUCAGAAAUAUUGAUUCAGAACACAAAGAGCUUGAAACGCAUCAGCCAAAGUGCAUUCAACAACCUCCCCAAGUUACGAUAUCUAAGCAUUUCCAACACUGGAAUAUCUCUGUUCCCCGACAUGUCAUCCGUCUCUUCUCUCGAAUCCAGUUUCAUCCUCGAAAUCUGUGACAACCUCCAUCUCGAGUCAAUACCACCAAAUGCUUUUCUUGGACUAGCAACUGAACACACCACUAUGAACCUAUAUAGAAAUGGCUUCAAGGAGAUAAUGGACUAUGCCUUCAAUGGAACCAGGAUCAAUAAGCUGUAUUUACAUGUUUCUUUUUAUAAUACACACGUUAAUAUUUUAAAGGCACAUGUGGCUAGAAGAGAAUUUCCUUCAGGAUUUCUGGAGGUAACGCCAUUUGUUAUUCCCAGGGUCCUGAGAAACAACAAGAAUCUGAGAAUAAUUCACAAAAAUGCCUUCAAAGGAGCGGUCGGCCCAGGUGUAUUAGAUGUGUCUAUGACAGCGUUGGAGAGGCUCCCGUCGCACGGCCUGGAGUCUCUUCAGGUCCUGAUGGCCCGUGCAGCCUUUGCCCUGAAGAGCCUCCCCCCACUGGGGGCUCUGCAAAGUCUACAGGAGGCACACCUCACCUACCCCAGCCACUGCUGUGCUCUGAUUGGCUGGAAUGUGCAAAAGAAGUCUUCCUUCUUCGACUUAUGGGAAAAUGGAUCAGCUUACUGUGAAGACCGUAUUUCUUCAGAGAUUCCAACCACGGUGGCAGACUCCUCCAUCACGCUGCCACUGAAGGCCCCCAUUGUGUCUGAUGUCCUGUCCUCAGAGGACGAUUCUCAGGCCUUUGACGACAUGGACUUCCAGUACCCCGACUUUGAAUUCUGCCAGACCACGAAGACCAUCCUGUGCACCCCAGAGGCAGAUGCUUUCAACCCCUGUGAGGACAUCGCCGGAUUCAAGUUCCUACGGGUGGCCAUCUGGUUCAUCAACGUUCUGGCCAUCAUGGGCAACCUGACAGUGCUGCUGGUCCUCCUCACCAGCCGUAGCAAGCUGACCGUGCCUCGCUUCCUCAUGUGCCACCUGGCCUUCGCUGACUUCUGCAUCGGCGUCUACCUGCUGAUGAUCGCCGUGGUGGACGCUCGCACCCGUGGCAGCUACAGCCAGCACGCCAUCGAGUGGCAGACAGGCCCCGGCUGUGCCGCCGCCGGCUUCCUGUCCAUGUUCGGCGGCGAGCUGUCCGUGUAUACGCUGAUGGUGAUCACACUGGAGCGCUGGCACACCAUCUCCCACGCCAUGCAGCUGGAGCAGCGGCUGGGCUUGGGCAGUGCGGUGCUCAUCAUGGCAGGUGGCUGGCUCCUUAGCCUAGCAGUGGCACUGUUGCCCCUACUGGGUGUCAGCAGCUACCAGAAGGUAAGCGUGUGUCUACCGAUGGAAAUCGAGGCCCCCCUAUCCCAGGGCUUUGUCAUCAUGCUCCUCCUCCUCAACGUGGUUGCCUUCCUGGUCAUCUGUGCCUGCUACAUCCACAUCUACCAGACAGUACGCAACCCCGAGUUCGCCAGCAGGAGGGCGGAUGCCAAGAUCGCCAAGCGCAUGGCGGUGCUCAUCUUCACGGACUUCACCUGCAUGGCUCCCAUCUCGUUCUUCGCCAUCUCUGCCGCCUUCAAGGUGCCCCUCAUCACCGUCACGUACUCCAAGAUCCUACUGGUGCUCUUUUACCCCAUCAACUCCUGUGCCAAUCCCUUCCUGUACGCCAUCUUCACCAAAGCCUUCCGCAGGGACAUUUUCUUGCUCAUGAGCUCGCUAGGAUGCUGCGAGGGUAAGGCCAGCCUGUAUCGCACCAAAGCGUACUGCUUGGACAACAGUGCCGGCAAGCAGAACAGCAGCACAGCUGCGCUGAAGCAGAACUCGCACAAGAUGUGCAAUGCCAACGCACCCUUUCCUGAACAAUAAAAAUCAGGAUAACACGACAUCACUUUCAAACACCUGGGUUAAAAUGACUUUUGGGAAAAUGACAUAUUGAUGUAUUAUAGAUCAAGUCUUUUCUCAUGCCUCAUUUGAAAUUUACUUGAGAAACUUACUUUAGAAUUAUACCUAAAUGUCCAUUUCAUUGUGCAGUGUUCCAUUUGAAGGACCUUCGUCGUGGCAUUUUACAUUGUCCUGUAUUGAUCUACACACAUUUUAUAUGACUAUUCAGGUGUACAGAUAUUGUACUUCUUUGUAAUAUACAUUGUGUCUGGUCAUUCUUUACUAAAAUGUUAUAAAGUCAUUCAGAAUUUCUAAUUUUGUUUGUCAUGCAAAAGAUAUUUUUUUCUUCUGUGACAUGGCAAAGCACUUUUUCAAAUACAAACAGGUAUAAGGCUUUAUGCCAUCAUUAGUCUAUGCUGCAUGUAUUCACAGGCUACAGGAGUAAUUGUGUAAAAGCCUUGUAUGUGGCCACUGUCUGCUGAAUAGGCUAUUAAGUAUAAAAAAGACAUGGAGUGUUAUAUUUGAGGAUUUGUCUGAGGUCACCCAUUCACUCAGGCAGGUAAGAGAAGGAUGGGACCCAGACAUGUGACUUGAAGUACCCACAAAAAGUCUCAAGAAGACCGAAUGUACUGUCUUGGUUGCAUGUAGUGGAAAACUGCAGUGGGGGUUGAAGUUUGCUUCUCUCCUGCUCAUACUGAAACUGUAUAAAAAACGUAUAAAUUACUCUAGAAUAUUAAUAUGUCCGUUUGACUGCAGUGUUCUUUUCAGUUAUUUAAAUAUACUUGUGUAAACAUUAUAAAGUGUUGUGUACAUGACAAUUAUGAAUUAUUGAAAAAAAAU